AUGUCGGGCGCGCGGGGCGGUGGGCGCGUGGCCCCUCCCCUCGGCGGGCGCGCGGCAGCCGCAGCGGCGGCGGCGGGGGGAGGAGGAGGCGGCGGCGAGGAGGCGGUGCCUGUGUCGGCGCUGGAGGUUGUGUCCUUCCUGGGGAAGCUGCUGUGCGCAGUCGCGGCGCUGAAGGCGGCUCUGUACCUGCUCCGCAGAGUGUGUCUAGCGAUGGCCUGGAAGUCGGGAGGCGCCAGCCACUCCGAGCUCAUCCACAACCUCCGCAAAAAUGGAAUAAUCAAAUCAGACAAGGUAUUUGAAGUAAUGCUGGCUACAGACCGUUGCCACUAUGCAAAAUACAACCCUUAUAUGGAUUCUCCACAGUCUAUAGGUUUCCAGGCAACAAUCAGUGCUCCACAUAUGCAUGCAUAUGCUCUUGAACUUCUGUCUGAUCAGUUACAUGAAGGAGCCAAAGCACUUGAUGUAGGAUCUGGAAGUGGAAUCCUUACAGCAUGCUUUUCGCGAAUGGUUGGUCCCAAAGGACAAGUUGUAGGAAUUGAUCAUAUCAAAGAACUAGUAGAUGACUCAAUAAAUAAUGUCAAAAAAGAUGAUCCCACAUUGCUGUCUUCAGGAAGAGUGAAACUGAUUGUGGGAGAUGGAAGAAUGGGAUAUGCAGAAGAAGCUCCCUAUGAUGCGAUACAUGUAGGAGCUGCAGCACCAGUUGUGCCCCAAGCACUUAUAGAUCAGUUAAAACCUGGCGGAAGAUUGAUAUUACCAGUUGGUCCUGCAGGGGGAAACCAGAUGCUCGAACAGUAUGACAAACUAGAAGAUGGCAGUGUCAAAAUGAAGCCUCUGAUGGGAGUGAUAUAUGUGCCUUUAACAGAUAAAGAGAAGCAGUGGUCCAGGGAUGAAUUGUAAAAGCUACAUCAUCUUGACCCAAACAUAGUGUUACAGUGGACUGCUCAUCUCCAGUUCUAAAAGCUUUUUGAAAACCAACAGCAUUGCAGCUUGUUUUGGACUUCGUUUUACUGUUGUUAUCAGCAUGGAAAAGCGUGGUGUUUGUUUUAUUUUUUUAGAUGCUCAAGGCAAAUCUGAUAAAGAAAUGGUGGAAAGUU